AUGAGCAAGGUGGAGGAGGACGAGAGGGCGGAGGGUUUUCGGGAUGUCGCUUUGCUUGGAUUUCUACCAAAUAAAAACGUCAACGGCUGUUGGUUUGUGACGUGUGGAGAGAGUUGCUUGGAUGCGUACGUGAGUGCUCAGCAUCUCUCUCUCUCUCUCUCUCCCUCUCUCUCGCUCGCUCGCUUGUUCGCUCUUUUUCUCUGUCCCCCCUUUCUUUUUUUCUCUUUCUCUGUCCCCUCUUUCUCUCUCUCGCGAUAUGCAUCACUGCAUGCUACUAUCUAUCUAUCUAUCUAUCUAUCUAUCUAUCUAUCUAUCUAUCUAUCUAUUAAAUUCUGUUCAUUAUCUAUCUAUCUAUCUAUCUAUCUAAUUCUAACUACACCACAACGAACCAGUCUCUCUCUCUCUCUCUCUCUCUCUCUCUCUCUAUCUAUCUAUCUAUCUAUCUAUCUAUCUAUCUCUAUCUCUCUCUCUCUCUCUCUCUCGCGCACUAUUUGUUUUUCUCACACUGUCUAUUUCUCUCUUCCUUCCUUCACUACCUCUCACUUUAUCUCUUUAUCUCUCUCUCUUUCUCCCUUUCUCUGA